AUGCCCAGGCCUAGUUUGGUAUUAGGUUGUCCUUUCGUACAGACUGCAGUUAUUGGGGAUGAGAACACCUUGUCUGAUAAUUCAUGCAUCUCUGCUAAGCAUCUGGGAUAUUGUUUUAAACCAGAUAUAUUACAGGUCAUAGGUGCUGUUUUGCAUGGAUGUACUGUUGAGGAUGAGGCCUUUAUCUGGAUGGAUACGCCACGACUUGACGGUGUUGUCGUUGAAAAGCAUGGCUUGGUUGUUGCUGGUGCGCUUGUUCGACAAAACACUAGAAUCCCUUCUGGAGAGAUAUGGGGAGGAAACCCAGCAAAAGUGCUCAGGAAGCUCCGUAAUAAGGAACCUCACGUUGCAGAGAAUGAAAAGCCACUAAAUGCGGUCGAGUUCGACAAGGGUCUGCGCAAGAGGUAUGCUCAAAAAGACGAGGAGUAUGAGUCAAUGCUUGGUAUUUUCAGAGAAACUCCGGACCUUAAACGCCCUAACAACAUAGAGCCUGAUAAAGAAGCCAUGCGUUCUUCAAAUGUGAACUGAUUUUUUUGGGGUAUGCUUUCUGAUCGAAACCUUAUUAGUAUGAGAUGUCUCAAUAAAGAUUAUGUUUCGGUCUCUGGUUUGAAUAAUGGCAAGUAGAGUACACUAGAGUAGACUAAAUGUCCAGCUUUGCUCGACUUUUUCUUCAUGGUUUCUUAGGGAAUGGUCUUGUCAGGAGAAAAAACUUUGGAUGCUAUUACUUUGGUUUGAAAAUAAGA